CGAUAUUUCCAGCAAGAGAGCAGCAUGGACCUCAGACCAGUGUUUGUUGUCUUUUUAGUUCUGCAAUUUCAUCUCAAAUUGGUCAGCACAGAAGGAUUUGCAGAAGUGCCUCCAUUGGAUAGCAAAGGGCGUGAGUUCAUCUUUGCGAUCCCCGGUCACAGCGAGGGCUCAAGUUCAAUACCGGUCAUCGAAGUGAUGAGUGAAUCACAUGGAGUGACAGAGAUCAGCGUGGACCAGCCAGCUUUCGAACGCUCCUACCAACAGAAUAUCAGCUACGGUGAGGUGGCAUCCUUUUGGCUAAAAUCAGAGGCAGUAGCGAGGGGAGCAGGGUUCUUUGACGGGGCGGUUGUAGUCUACGCCAGUAAAGAUGUCAGCGUCACCUGCAUUGUUGACACCGUCGUAGGUACCUACGCCGAUGGAUUUCUGGCUAUUCCGGUGGAUGCUCUUGACAAAGAAUAUUACGUUGUGACGUAUGAUACAGGAGAAACUUUGAAUGAGUUCGGACAUCAUCAAGAACACCUGUCCAAGUUCAUUAUUACAGCAACACAAGAUAACACGCUUGUGUCUGUGGAGCUCCGAACAGCCGCUACCUUUAAUACACUCUACCAGGCUGGAGAGACAAUCGAGUUUGAACUCCGCUGGAAGGAGUCGGCCCAGAUAGAGAGUUCCAGUGAUCUCACCGGGUCAAAGGUGACAGCGUCGCGAGCGGUGGCAUUGGUAGCCGGCAAUGACUGCUCCGAUACCCUGCUAGUUUUCCGUUACUGCUCUUAUUUGGUGGAGCAGUUGCCCCCCGUUUCAACCUGGGGGCACUCUUUCGUUCUUGCCCACACGGAUGGUCGCCCUGGCCUUGUUAAUGUCGAUGUCUGGAGAAUCCUUGCGCCUUUCCCCAACACAACUCUGACAUUCACAGACAAUCACGUCACACGUGUCACUGUCUAUGACCCAAUCUGGUACGACUACAAAUUGGAAACGAGCAAGAUUGUCAUGUUAACGGCAGACAGGGCAGUCAUGGUAGUCCAAUACAUUGCAGGUGGAAAGUCGAGUGCCAGUGUUCUCACUGUGCCGACAGAGCAGUUCACAAACAGCGCAAUUGCUGCCACCCCCACAACAGCACGCAGUGAAGUCAAAGAAUACAUCCUGGUAUAUCGCUGUGCUGAGGAAUCCUCUCUCCUGGUCAAUGAGAAACCGCUGAGGAAUCUUAAAGAUUCGGAAGUUCUUCGGGAAGAAACCUACUGUGCGGUAACCCUUGGCAAUGAGUUCCAGCAAGAUGUAUGGAUAGUCAACACAACAGACCCAGGGAACCACCUUUCCUUGCAGAUUCAGCACUUUAAGACCAGUAAAAUUCUUAGCGCUUUUCCAGCGGGAAUGAUGCUCAACCGGCAAAGCCUCAUGAUCUCCAGAGACAAAGACAUAGCUGGGCAAUCCUCCCUUGAAGCAUCAACACCAGCUUCAUCCUCAGGUGCACAUCAAACCUCACAGCAACACAAACAUGAGCCUACUUCCGGAGAUAUUUUCAGAUCGACUGUUGCUCCUGACACAGGUUCAGGUGUUCAAAUGCUAACUGUCUUUGAAAUCUUCUUACUAGGAGUGUGUGGCGCCAUGGUCGUUGUUUUAAUCCCUUUUUUAAUGUGCCAUGUAAAAGCCUGUGUCCGCCGUAAACGGCAAAGGCGUAACUUCAGGGUUCAAGAGAGAGCAGUAAGAUUCUCAGUCUCUCCUCGGUUGGUGCAUGAACCCAAGACACCAAACCUCAGAGGGGGACAGGGAGGAGGUGAACCCAAGACACCAAACCUCAGAGGGGGACGUGGAGGAGGUGAACCCAAGACACCAAACCUCAGAGGGGGACGUGGAGGAGGUGAACCCAAGACACCAAACCUCAGAGGGGGACGUGGAGGAGGUGAACCCUGGACACCAAACCUCAGAGGGGGACGUGGAGGAGGUGAACCCUGGACACCAAGCCUCAGUGGGGUACGACAUGGAGGUGAACCCGUUACACCAAACGAAGGAGGUACUCCAUCAGAGCUCCUCAUCUACGAGUCAAUUGGAAAUGACACCCCCAUUGAGCAUUCAUACUGCACAUCAGCAAGAGGCAAGACGCUUGAGGACCAGGGUGGUCUUCAGACUGCAAACUCUAACAGAUACAGUACGCUUAGCCUGGGCGAUGAGGUGCAGCAUACCUACUAUAAAGCAGUAAAGUGAAAUCCCAUAACAACCAAGGCUAGGGAGUAGUUCCCUAGGGGGAAGGUAUCCCCCUACUUGGAUGGAUUCCACAAAGGGUUAAGACUAGUCCUAUCUUGAGUUCAGCCGAGUUAGGACUAGCCUUUAGUUUAAAAAAACUCCUAGACAGUGCCAGUGUUCUCACUGUGCCGACAGAGCAGUUCACAGACAGCGCAAUUGCUGCCACCCCCACAACAGCAGGCAGUGAAGUCAAAGAAUACAUCCUGGUAUAUCGCUGUGCUGAGGAAUCCUCUCUCCUGGUCAAUGAGAAACCGCUGAGGAAUCUUAAAGAUUCUGAAGUUCUUCAGGAAGAAACCUACUGUGCGGUAACCCUCAGCAAUAAGUUCCAGCAAGGUGUAUGGAUAGUCAACACAGCAGACCCAGGGAACCGCCUUUCCUUGCAGAUUCAGCACUUUAAGACGAGUAAAAUUCUCAGCGCUUUUCCAGCGGGGUUAAGACUAGUCCUAUCUUGAGUUCAGCCAAGUUAGAACCACCCUUUAGUUUUUAAAAACUCCUUAACAGUCCCAGGAAUAGUCCCAAGUUAGGACUAUCUUUGUGAAAUCGUCCUCUGGGCUAGAUUUAUUAAAUUGAAUUGAAUAGAAUAUGAUAUUAACAAACUAUGAAUCGCUUUGUUCAAGGGCCCCGAGUACCUUAUUUGUAGAUACAAGCGCUAAAUAUGAGACUCUUUUUACUCUUAAUAUGAUUAUACUCUGUAAUGAUUUAAAUAUGAGGAACAAUGUAAUAAAAUAUCUUGAAAUUUUGGGUCUGUGAUUGCGAAGGAUAUUUCUCGAGGGGGGGGGGGCACAAUUUGUUUUCUAGGAAGCAAUUCUGGCCAAUUAAAAGGGCUGAUUCAAAUUGUAGUUUUCAUUUGCAUUUCUCCUAAACAAGGCCCUUUUCAAUGCAAUUUUUUUACUCAAUGCAAGUAAGUGGUAAAAAACUAAAAAAUGUCUGCAGUAAAUGGACAAAGUAACAGUUAUGUUAUUAAAAUAAUUGCAUUCAAGCCAUUGGACACUUUCAGUAAACAGUAUUGUCCAAGUCCCACACUUCGUGUAU